AUGUCCUUAAAAGAGGGCUUCUGGGUUGGGGGGACGGCUCGGGCAGUAAAGCACUUGCCAUGGAAGCUUAAGGACCUGAGUCUGAACCCCAGAACCCUCAUAAAAAGCGGAGCAUGGCAAGCAACCUACCAAAACCUGGCCUCGAAGAUAUUCUGUUUAUGCUGCCAGGACUGUGAGGAAGCCGUCAUCGAGAGCUCCAAGGCUCCCAGUCAAACCCAAGGGAACAGGCCACCAUCCUACAGUUUGCAGUCUCAGAAGAAUGAGUUAAACAAACCAAAUCUCAAGUACACUAAUGCACAGUUCCCCACUGGUCAAGAAAAGAGAUUCUCUUCCAGCAGCAGCGAGUUUGAAGAGCUGACUGCAUACAACAUACAAACAGGAUACCCUAAAAAAAAUCUAAACCGCUACUGCCAGGAACACUGGGCCUUCCAGCCGUGCCUCAUCGGGAGACCCUGA